UUUCCUGUUUAAUAGGUAGUUUAGUGCCCUUGCAGAUGACAGAAGAGUGACUGUGGUGGGUCAGACUGAAGGUCAGCGUAGCCCAGUACUGUCUCCAGCAGAGGCCAAAAGUAGGUGCUUGGAGAGGAAUAUAAGAACAAGACAUACAGUAUUUCUCCUUUGAAUGCUUUCUGAGCCUCCAAAUCCAUGCUGUCCAAGCUUUUUGAACAAUUGUACUUCAUUGUAAAUACUCUCUGCUAGCUCAAAUAACAGAACAUAUUCAGUAAAUGCCAAAGAUAUUUUGUCAGGAAAACAAGGUCUUUAGGAGUUAUUAAGGAAUGCCAUCUCUUUGAGGUUUUUUUUAUUCCUUAAAAAAUGAAUAUUCUAAAUUGGAAUGAGUAACUUGAGUAGCUUAAAGAGAACCACCAUUUGCUUGAUGAAUUUCCCAAACCCUCAACAUGAAGAAGAAGGUAGGUUGUGUUGGGAGACAGAUAAAAUAAGCUCUUUUGUAUUUCAGGAAGUGGUGUGGGAGCUGCCAGAGACGUCAUCUAACUGAUAGUCUGAAGGAACAACAGGGUUACCUCCUCAUUUAUACUUAACUUGUACCUGUUGGGAAAAACCCUGAUUCUGUUUUAGACGUUUCUCUGGGCAUGUCUUUUAUUAAUACUGUUUUAUUAAUAAUAACAUUUCUGUUAUUCUCUCUCUCUGCACCUUAGGCAAAUUUGAGGGUAGUCUUUGAAGCAUAGGGAAAGUGAUGUGCUGUAGGACACCUGAAGCUCUCAUCCUUGAUGGCAAGAACAUAUUGUGUUAGUAUUUCUAAGUGUCAUUAGCUCUCUCAACAGAUCUGCUUGGGAAAUACUGUCUGGAUCUGAUUUAUGAACUUGAAAAGGUACUUGGUUAGGAACUAUACUAUCAGUUUUUUUUCUUUCUGGAAGGAAAGACAAGAGGAAACUAUUUACAAUUCUCAUUCUAGACUCAAAUUCACCCCCAACUCACCCUCUCUCUCCUCAAUAUGCUAAAUUCACAGGUUUGAAAUGAAAAGUGCUUGGUAUAAAUAAAGCUUAUAGCACAAAUUAAAAUAGGAGGAAAGAGAUCAAUCUUGUUCAAGUAAUGCCUACGUGUCUGGAGAGGUUUAAUAAGACCACAAGCAGAGAUCAUCAGGUCUUGGCAGUAGUAGUCAAAGGAUCAGACUUAACUGUGAGAUGCUAUCUAGACACAGAUAAACUCCAGAACAUGUCCAGAUUUGGCAAUUUUACCAAAAUACUCAGAUAACGUAAUACAUAUUUAAACUAUUCAAACAUUUCCUUCUUUCUUCUAUCUCUGAUACUAAACAGCUCCCACCCACUUGACGUUAUAGACCAAGUGAUUCAGAUCUAUUGGCUCUUGGUUGUGGAAAAAUCUGCCUUGAGGUCAGUUAUGGUUCAUACCACAAGCAGCCAUCCUUUCUUCCCUCUGCCUAACUUCACCCUGCUUUUUAAAAUGGACACAAUGUCCUUACUUUCAGCUGCAUUUGAUUAAGGGUCUGCAUAGAGUCAUAUGCAAAGUAUAAGGACCUCUGAGCACUCUGUACAUGCAGGAGUCUGUCUGUGAAACCUGGCCUCUGUUGGGUCCAAGCAGAAGGCAAAAGAAGUGGCUGCGACUCAAAAGCCAGAACUAGGAAAUACUGAGAGAGAGCCUAGAGGACGCUAUUGCUGCCACACCGAGAAAUGCCUUUUUCCCUUUUGAGAACUCUCAGAAAUAUGUUCCUUUAAGAACCUCCUACAUGAUAUGUAUUUGUAAUUUGUAAACACAGUAUGUCAAAGAAUGAUUUGAUUCAUUGGUGAGGCAGCUAGAUAUUUGCAUGUCAUGAGGUCUAAGGGAAACAAACUGACCCUCAGCCUUCCCCCACCCAGGCAAAUUCUGAUGGGACCCUCAAAUAGCUCUGGCAAAGUGUUCUGUUUCUUUUGGACUUGAUGAAUGCUUGUUUCUGUGAAGACGUGUAAUUAUUUCUUCCUGUAUUUUGCUGUGCAAGUUACCAGGAGAAGCAGCUUAAAACUUAAUAUCACGUGGAGGGCCCCAGCAGGAUGACCAGCAGUCACACAGACUGUCAUUUCUGCCUGCAGUCUCUCCGUGGCAGGAAAUAUGCACUAAGAGAAGAAAACGCUUACUGCGUUCCGUGUUAUGACAGCCUGUACGCCAACCCUUGCGAAGAGUGCAAGCAACCCAUUGAGUGCAACUCCAAGGAUCUGGCCUACAAAGGCCGCCACUGGCAUGAGGGGUGUUUCAGGUGUGCCAAGUGCAGUCGCUCACUUGUGGAGAAACCAUUUGCUGCCAAGGACGAGGUCUUGCUGUGUACCGAGUGCUACUCUGAUGAGUAUUCAUCCAAGUGCUUUCACUGCCAGAAGACCAUUAUGCCUGGUUCACGUAAAAUGGAAUUUAAGGGAAGUUUCUGGCAUGAAUCCUGUUUCGUUUGCCAGUAUUGUCGGCAGCCACUGGGAACAAAGCCAUUAAUCACCAAAGACAAUGAGAAUUACUGUGUGCCCUGUUUUGAGAAGCAAUUUGCUCACCAUUGCUACGCUUGCAAGAAGGUUAUAACUUCUGGAGGAGUGACCUACGAUGACCAGCCUUGGCAUAAAGAAUGCUUUGUGUGUGCAGUGUGUAAAACUCAGCUGUCUAGCCAAAGAUUCAUUUCCAAAGAUGAGUACCCAUACUGUGUAGACUGUUUCAGCAGAUUUUGUGCCAAGAAGUGUGCUGCUUGCAAGAAACCCAUUACAGCUCUUGGAGGUGCCAAAUACAUCUCAUUUGAGGAGCAUCAGUGGCAUGGGGAAUGCUUUACCUGCUCGAAAUGCUCUGUCUCCCUGGUGGACCAGGAAUUCCUCACUCGGCAGGAUGACAUCCUUUGCCACAAAUGUGGCUGUGCUUCAUAGUUCUGUGGAAAGCUGUACAGCUGCAUUGUUCUCACUCUGUAACAAUGCAGUCCAUUGGUUUGCUGUAAGAAAACUAGAUUAAAGUUGCUACAGUUAUUUAGUCAUUCUGGUAACUUUCCAACAGCAGUUUAACGCUAUCAUAAUUUUUCAACAGCUUAUAAACAAAAACUAAACAACUGCCCCAUACUGGUUAAUAAAAUGAUGCAGAAAAGAUCUGUAUGUAUUUUAAGCCUGACUCCAGUAUGUUUUGCUUGUAACACACUGCACUCUGCUGUUAGAAGCUUAAAAAUUUACCUUUUAUCACGUCUGAACCAAGAGGGAUUAUGAAAAAUCUGUUUGGCAUAUGAAUAAUGAUGAAGAAUUAGCACUGAUUCACAGAUGCAGAUCUUGGCAUGGAUAGCUGGGCACAAGCAUUUUUCUCUUGGAUCAGGACAUUGAAGAGAACACCUUGUAAAUAUUAUACUCUUCCAUACUUUGUGCAAAAAAAAUGCUGAUAAAACAAGUAGAAAUUGUGACUAGGAGAUGCUUUCACACUGAGGACCACAGAGUCAGAGAGGCCCAUUCCAAGGGCAAAUUCAAUGGAGAAAAGGUCACUUUCCUUCACUUACUGGGAUUACUACCCAAAGAAGUCACCCAGAGCACUACAGCACAGGUCCUUUUCCAAAAUUGGGUGACUGUACUUAAUUUUUUAGGCAUAGCUGCUCUAGAACAUAAAUAAACCCAUAUUUUCAGAUAUUGCAAGAGGUAAGGAUUGCCCAAGAUUGAAUAGUGCUGAUGUACAUUUUCCCAUAACUAAGAUGCCUUAAGACUCUGUUUCUACUGUCUUUGCUAUACCUUCAAAUACAGGCCUAAAAUGUGGUUUUUCAUUAGUUGACACAAGAGCCAUCUCAUACUGGUCAAUUUAAUCUUGUAUUUUCCUUCAUUCAAAACCUCUUUGCCAGCAAUUGAAACCCUGUUAAGGACCUUUCUUACCUGCUUGGUCUUUGAUUCACAGUUCAUUCCUCUUCUUGUAAAUUCCUGCAUGUGGACAGCAGGCUAUAAAUUCUCCAGAACCAAUUCCUGAUUAAUUUCACCAUUAUGUGAACACAUUCACAUGUGUUUUUUAACAGCAUGUCAAGAAUUAGUGAUUGUCACUGCCAGCCAGGCAGCUCUUGCUUGCAGAACAGGGCCUUAGUUUCUGGGUAGCCAGCCUUUAUAGCUGCUUGCUCAAUGCAAGCCAGCCCUCAAAUGUUUACUAUUAAAGGUCAUCUAGAGCUGAGUUACAAACAUCUAUCUUUUUCCUUCUUCCAUAGUGUGUGUUACAGUGGCCUGGUUGUGUACUGGGCCGUUGUGGAUGGAGCAGGGAUGUUAGGAAUGGCAGGUUGUGCACUGUCCAGCAGAGUUUGAGUCCUCAUCUUGCAUGUCUUUAAGUCAUUCUUCUUUAGACUCUGAUCUUGACUGCAUAGAGUUAUUUGGCUGACUUAAGUGGCCUUCAUUCAUAUUGAAGACAGCCAUUACUUUAGGUAGAAAAGUAAAAAAAAAAAAAAAAUGUGCAUGGCUAAACCAUGCACAAAGCCAAAUUGCAGUGGCAUAAAAUCAAUAUGGAUAAUGACUGACCAAUUAGUAUAUAGCAGUCUGUCAAUAAAAUAUUGAUCUUUUGCUCUA